AUGUCUCAAAAGUAUCUUGAGGCCGCAUCCUGCUCUCCCUCACAAAAACAAGAUGUCUACAUCUUUACAAUCGUCCCGCUUGUCGAAGGUCUCAUAGGGGCCAUCACGUCUGCAGACGAACUUGUCUUAUUACAGGCAGCUACCCUGCAGCCCGCGAACAUUUUCACUUCGAACCAUGGACUCCAAACAUUGACAUCACUCGUAUCUGCAGAUGACGGCACAACCGCAAUCUGCGCUGGAAGUGAUGGUACAGUGAGGAUCUUUGAUGUCCGCAGCCCGAGUCUAUCAGCCCAGUUCAAAACAGGUCGGCCCGUGAACGCUUUGGCCUCCAACGGUUUAGACCUUGCUGUGGGUGGCGAGACCGUUGUGUCCGUUUGGGAUCGUAGACAGACGAAGAUGCGUUGGCAGAAUGGAGAAAACAAUGAUGAAAUUACCACCUUAGACUUCCAUCCUACUGAACCAAAAUAUCUUCUGAGUGGAGGUGAUGACGGCAUGGUCAGCGUCUUUGAUACUCAGAUUACAGACGAAGACGACAGUCUGAUUCAGGCGAUCAAUCAUGGACCAAUUCACAAGGCAGGAUUUCUUGGAACGGAUGACCUCUACGCUCUGAGCUCAGAUCAAAAUCUCGCACUUCAUUCUCUUUACCUCGACGAAGUCGAUCAUGACAGACCUGCCCCUGACUUAUUGGGAGACCUCCGACCAAUCGUUCCCUGCGAGUAUGUUCUUGAUCUCUUCCGCACAGGCUCAGAUUACGUAGUGGCUUGCGGUACUCAUAGCAAAUCCCAAGUGGAUAUUGUGAGCCUACAACGUGGAAAUACGCUUGGUUCUGGAGAGCGGAUUGUCCUUGAAGCUGCUCAUGGCGGAGAGAUUGUGCGUUCCAUUUUCGCAGACGAUAAUAGUGGAGUAAUAUUCACUGCCGGUGAGGAUGGUCGUGUCGCAGCUUUCACGCGGGGGGCGGUCACGUCUGCUAGUGUCACCCAGCAACCCAAGACCCCAAAGUCGAAAGGUGGUUCGCAAGGCAGCAGCCUACCCGACGCUCAACCGGCCUUCAAUGGCCCCAGAGCCUCUGCCUUCAACAGUGAUUGGAUGAUAUACAAUUUCACUCAGGAUUCAGACAAUCCCGAUAUCCGCCUUAACGCGAAGUAUGACAUCAAAAAUAUUGAGAUCAUGGACAAACAUCUUGUCAUGAAGCAGCCAGCCUUUAGUCGGGCAGAUUUUGAUGCUUUCCAAACUGUGAGUGUGGCUAGGAUCCAGUCAAGAAAGGUCGAUAUGCUACAUGGCACAUAUCGAACGGUAUUCAAGCUUGAAGGAGACCACGGUGGAGCGUGUGCCGGCUUCUUCUGGUAUCAUGACGACAAUUCAGAGAUCGACAUCGAAAUAAUCACGCCGGGCACUUCGAUCGUAAACAAUACGAUUAACUAUACCUCUCAGCCAUCUGUUGCUAAAAGUGGAAUCAAAAUCCCAUACGCAACUCUGUCAAUGCCUCUACAGCAAGCCUUCCCUCAUGUCUCGGAUUUUCACGAAUAUCGCUUCGACUUGCACCCAGAAGAAGGCGUGGACUUCUACGUCGAUGGUGAUCUGGUGCAUAGCAUCGAUAAACAUAUCCCCACUCGUGGAGGUAACCUGCAGAUGAAGCUCUGGGCAGAUGGAAACGAUUGGUGGAGUGGACAUCCAAGUACGACAGAGGUUAAAAUGACAAUCAAAUUGAUCGGCGCUUACUACAACAUCACAACUCCAGACCCCUCGUGGGUGAACGAUUGUCAAGGUGCGGGUGGUCCCAGCGACAAGACUGUCUGCGAUGUAGUCUGA